GAAGCGUAGGGCACUUUAAAAAUGGUGGAUAUCUUUGUCAAUACAAAAUGUUGUCGACAAUCGAUAAGAGCACGAGGAGUAGCUGUUGAACUGUAAAGUUAUUCAAGAAAAAUGGCUUAUAAUUUCGCGAGUGUACCAGCGGCCGCUAUGCCACCAAUGGGUAUGAGACCAAUGGGGCCGCUCGCUCAGAUCACAGGUCCACAAGGUUUCAUGGAACUUGCGGGUCAAGGAUUUCCACCUUUACCUCCGCCGAUACCACUGCCUGGAAUGAACGAUUCCCCUUUAGAGUUUAGUACGAAUAAAAAUCAACCACCGGUAGUUAGAGAAACCUCGGAUGAUAGCAACGACAAAAGGAAUGAAAAGAAUGACGUUAGACGAGACAGAGAAAACAGGGAUAAUAGAGAUAAUCGAGAUAAUCGAAGGUCUAGGAGCGAAAGAAACGAUAGAAGGGAGAGGGACAGGGAAAGAAGGGAAGAGCGGAAUGAAAGAGAUAGAAGGGAAGAACGGAGACCGGAAGAACGGAAUAGUAUAAAUUCUAUGAGUAGCAAUAGUAGUCAUAAUAAUAAUUCAAAUGGUAAUGAAAUUCCAUCGUCGUCGAAUACCAGUGGUACGCCAAAUUUAGGACCACAAAUGGAACAAGCAACCGGAGUUUGGGGAAUGAGCGUAGGCUAUCCGGUAAUGAGAAUAGGACCGAUGGGACCUAUGAUGAGCGAAAUGACCCUUGGGCCUCAUAUGGGACACACUCACAGCUAUGGUCCCAUGAGCAUGGGAAUAAUGCCGCACGAUGGUGGUAUGAUAAGCGCUCCUAUAUUAGGACCGGAACAAAUAAUGAACGACGCGGCUCAAAUUAUGAGCAGCGCUUUACCACCACCACCUACAACACCGCAAGGUUCCAAAGAAAUUAUACAUUACAAAAGUUGUACUUUGUUCCCACCAAACCCAAAUGCUCCACCGCCAACAACCAGAGAAAGGCCUCCAGGGUGUAGAACAAUCUUUGUUGGAGGUUUGCCAGAAAAUAUUACGGAAACGAUAAUUCGAGAAAUAUUUGAACGAUGCGGAGAAAUAACGACAUUACGUUUGUCUAAAAAGAAUUUUUGUCACAUACGUUUUGUACUUGAGAACAGCGUUGACUUGGCCAUUUAUUUGUCCGGAUACAGAGUUAGGAUAGGAUCCAGUGGUGAUUCUGCGAACACUGGCAGACUUCAUGUAGACUUUGCUCAGGCCAGAGACGACCAGUACGAAUGGGAAUGUAGGCAACGCCAACUGCAGAGGGAACAACGCCAUAGAGAAAGAGUUGAAAAGGAAAGGCAAAGGGCGCCAUCCAGUCCUCCUCCGGUGGUGCAUUACACGGACCACGAAGCGUCAAACAUUUGCGAGAAGAUUAAACAGGACGAUACAUUUAUGAAAGCGGUACAAGUUGUCGUAACGUGGUUGGAACGCGGAGACUGCACGAAACGCAACGCCAACACAUUUUACUCGAUGAUUCAGUCGACAAAUUCCCACGUUCGGCGAUUACUCACGGAGAAAGUUACGUACGAAGAGGAGCUCCAGAAGGCGAAGGAAUUAAUGAAGGGCAGGAUGCAGGGACUCCUAAUACAAUUCAGUCAGAUUGAACGCGUCUUUACUGCGGCCAGCCACAAGAAGGUCUGGGAUCACUUCACAAAGGCGCAACGGAAGAACAUCGAAAUGUGGAAGAAACAAUCCUCGGAGAUCAAAGCGGUGCAACUGGAAGAAACUUUAAUGGAGGGCGAAGGGGAAAUGGAGGUGUCCGACUCGGAGGAGGAACCGCAACGCAAAAAAGUACGGAAUCAAUCGGAUGUGCACGACGAUUCCGAGAGAUUGCAAGCUCUGAAGGAAGAGAACGACAGUCUUCGCUGUCAGUUGGAAGCGUACAAAAACGAAGUGGAUCUGCUAAAGUCCGAGACGAAAAGUGACAUAGACGCGAAGGACAAACAGAUGAAAAUGUUGCAACAAACUUUGAAAGGUAUGCAGGAACAAUUAAUGCAGUCGAGGAAGCAGCAGGCUCAAGAUGAUCAGAAAAUAAAGGAUUUGACCAUAAAGUUGAAUGCCACAAGAAAGGAGGAACCUAGGGAGAGCGAGAUAAUAACACUGGACAAAGACGAUGACAUAAACGAGGAGCCACGAACUCCUAAACAAUUAAUUUUAUCGUCCAGUUUUGUCCAAAUUACCCAAAAGGAUGCCAAGCUUAUAGCUAUGGUUACAGGAUUAAUAGCGACAUUUUUACACAUUCAUCCGUUUGGCGCAAGCGUGGACUAUUUAUGGUCCUACUUACAAAAGAUGGAACCAGGCAUCAAACCGAAUGAGGUGGAAGCGUUGAUGCAACGAUUCCCUCAAGUCUUCAAACAAGAUUUAUUCGGGAUUGGAGCGAACAUGGAAAGACGUUGGCAAUUUUCGGGCUUCAACGUGUAUCGUAGUCACUGAGACUUCAGUGUACCAAUUGAAUCUAGGAAAAGACCGACAGAAAAUCCGCUAAGGAAUUUUAUAAUAUUGUCAUGUCGUGGCAUCUCGUGUCACGUAGAUAUUUAUUGUGAUACUUACUUUUACGUUAAGUCUUUAUUUGAUAGUGUCGCCAUCGAACUGAAAACUUGU